AACAGGAGUGCGAGCAGUAGCUGAGUGGGCACCAUGGCUGGGAUCACCACCAUCGAGGCGGUUAAGGGCAAUAUCCAGGUUCUGCAGCAGCAGGCAGAUGAUACAGAGGAGCGAGCUGAUCGUCUCCAGCUGGAAGAAGCGGAAAAAACUGUUGAUAAGAGUGAGAGAGGUAUGAAGUUUAUUGAAAACCAGCCCUUAAAAGAUGAAGAAAAGAUGGAACUCCAGGAAAUCCAACUCAAAGAAGCUAAGCACAUUGCAGAAGAGGCAGAUAGGAAGUAUGAAGAGGUAGCUCAUAAGUUGGUGAUCAUUGAAAGAAACUUGGAACGCACAGAGGAACAAGCUGAGCUGGCAGAGUCCCGUUGCCGAGAGAUGGAUGAGCAGAUCAGACUCAUGGACCAGAAUCUGAAGUGUCUGAGUGCUGCUGAAGAAAAGUACUCUCAAAAAGAAGACAAAUAUGAGAAAGAGAUCAAGAUUCUUACUGAUAAAUUCAAGGAGGCAGAGACCCAUGAUGGGUUUGCUGAGAGAUUGGUAGCCAAGCUGGAAAAGACAAUUGAAGACCUGGAAGAUAAACUCAAAUGCACCAAAGGACAGCUCCUCUGUACACAAAAGAUGCUGGUCCAGACUCUGCUUGGCCUGAAUGAGAUGUAG